AUAAAAAAGUGCAAUUAAAUUAAUAUUAUUCGUCACCCCCCGAAACAAAAAAGCCGAACUUGGACGACCAAUCUUCACGUACAACGCAGCAAAGAAAGAUACAGGCUUUGUUUUCACUCAUCCAUUUUUUCUUCCUCUCAAGUGGGUUUGUGUGUGUUUCCGUCUGUCUGUGAGCUGAAAAAAAUUGAUGGGAUUUGAUGGGACAGUGGUAAUAAGGUUCGCCUGAUCUACGGUGGUCUUCCUGGGAUGAUAUUUUGUUAUGUUCUUUCUGGGCUGGUGAUUUCAGGCUGUUUUAGCGGAAAGAAUCUAACUUGGCCUUAUGAUUUUCGGGAGCCAAGUUUUUUGGCUUUUCUGUAAUUAAAUUAUGGAGGGCUGAGCUCUAAUUGGUUUCAUUUUUGUUGAUAAUUCCAAUUGGCAGUUUUUGUCUGUAAGGGAAAACUGUAAAGUUGUGCCAUGGAUGUGUCUAUUAACAGUAGCAAUCUACUGAUUUCUCUCUUUCAUUUGUUAUAGUUACUAGUUUUGGCAUCUGGGGAGAUGGGAUUCCUGGUGGGAGAUUUAUAUGUAGUUUGUGAUGAGUAAUUAAUUGCAGAGUGGGGGUUUCGGAAUCGAUUAAUUUAUUAGGGAUGGGAAUUCUGUAGUUCUGAAUUUCGUUAAUGGUUGGAUUGGACCCUGGUUAUAAUUGUUGGUGAGAAAGAUUUGGUGGAGGGUGGAUUUGAUGGAGAACGGAGAAAUAGGGAAGAAUGGAGAUGGGUUCAUUGACAGGAGUAAAGUUAGGAUCUUGCUAUGUGAUAAUGAUUCCAAAAGCUCCGAGGAGGUGUUUACACUUCUGUGCAAAUGUUCUUAUCAAGUAACUUCUGUGAGGUCACCCAGACAGGUGAUUGAUGCAUUAAAUGCCGAGGGGGCUGACAUAGAUAUAAUUCUCUCUGAAGUUGACCUUCCCAUGUCUAAAGGAUUGAAACUGUUGAAAUACAUUAUGAGGGAUAAAGAUUUGCGCCGCAUUCCUGUCAUCAGUAAGCUCAACCUGUAUUUCUCAUGUUUUUAUCUAAUAUUUAUAGUUGGUGAACCUUCACUCUGUUGUGUCAGUGAUGUCUGCUCAAGAUGAGGUCUCUGUUGUCUUUAAGUGCUUAAAGUUUGGAGCAGCUGAUUAUCUUGUCAAGCCAUUGCGCACCAAUGAACUUCUCAACUUGUGGACUCACAUGUGGAGGAGGAGGAGGACCGUGAGUGCUUAUUUUCUUAAAACUUCAUUGUUUCUUGUCAAUCAAUGCAGAUACCAUGUUUUUAAAUACAGUGAUUCAAAUCAACUUAUAUAGGGUUGUUUGUUUCUUAGCAUUCUGAUAAAUUUAUAGGAUUGUUCUUAAUAUGGAUCUGAAGACAUAUUGAAGCCCCUCUUGCCAUGAUUUCUUCUUUUUCCCUGUAAGAGUUUUUGAAGCUAUAGUAACCUAAUUAUCUUUCACUUACUACAUUUUUCAGCUUGGACUAGCAGAGAAGAAUAUCAUGUCUUAUGAUUUUGAUCUGGUCGUAUCGGACCCUAGUGAUGCUAAUACAAAUAGUACCACUCUCUUUUCUGAUGACACUGAUGACAGAUCUAGAAAGAGUGUUAAUCCAGAUGCAUGUGCAUCAACACAACAAGAAGAAGAGAUUAUCGGUGCCAUUAAUGAUGCUCCUUUAGAGACCAUUGUUGUGGUUACAUCACAAUGUCUCCCUGAUGUGCCUGGAAUAAAAGAUCGAAGAACAGGACAAGUAGUGGUGUCAUUUCCAAGGAAAAGUGAACUUAAGAUUGGUGAAUCUUCAGCCUUCUUUACAUAUGUGAAAGCAAACUUGCCAAUAAACAGUAGCCAGGAUGCUGCCCCUUUGCAUGAAAGUGUUCCCCAGCCCAUGACAGCUGAAGAGAAGCUUGAGACACAGGGUCAACACAUGAUUGUGGAUAGCCCUAUACAAAAUGGCGGAGUGGCUCAUGAUGCUUCACAAGGAGAAUAUAAUCCAAGCAGUAACAGUAUGCUUGACUCUUUUUCCGUGGAAAGGUCCUGUACACCAACCUUGCCUCUGGAAUUUUCGCAACAGCGGAACUCAAAUGAGUUUUCGCAGGUGCUUAUGCAUCAAAGGAAUGAGCAGCACCAUGAUGUUUCUGGGUUUCAUCAACAUACUGCUUAUCCAUAUUAUAUUCCCGGGGUCAUGAAUCAAGUUAUAGUGCCUGCACCACCAAUGUAUCAAAAAAACCUUCCUGAUCUCCAUAACCAUGCAGCUGUUUUGCCUCAAUAUAACCAUCAUAUUCCACAGUGUCCUCCCCAUGUGCCAGGGAUGUCCCCAUUUCCCUACUAUCCGUUUGGUAUGUGUGCGCAGCCAGGCCAAAUGUCUUCAUCACAUCCAUGGCCAUCAUAUGGAAAUACAGCUUCUGCCGAAGGAAAUGUAAGUAAAAUUGAUCGUAGGGAGGCAGCCCUGAUGAAGUUUAGGCAAAAGAGGAAGGAAAGAUGUUUUGAUAAGAAGAUCAGGUAUGUUAAUCGUAAGAAGCUUGCAGAACGGAGACCUCGUGUGAGGGGGCAAUUUGUGAGGAAAAUAAAUGGUAUAAGCGUGGAUCUUAAUGGGCAACCAGCUUCAGCAGAUGAUGAGGAUGAUGAAGAUGAGGAUGAAGAUGAGGAGGACCAAGUGACUAAUUUGGACUCUUCACCUGAUGAUGACAGCUCAGUAUGUCAACGAUGAAGUGGAACUUAAAACAUGUCCGCUCCUCCUUGAUUCUGCCCACUUGUUACAUACCUCAGUCUUUAAAUGUGGCUUAAAACUAGAUUGUCUCAUAUCGGCAGGCUAACUAUGGUUAUCGCACUUGAGUUUGGUGGUUCAAUGUUGAGCAAUAAUAUUCUGGAGUGCAAAGAGGUUCUAGAGGAGAUUGCUGUGAAAUGACAACACCACUUCUGUUUCAAGGAUGAAGUGAUCUCAAGGGGCUUUAACAAAAUGUGGAUGUGCCGACAUUUGAAGCAAUGCAAGAGAUUCCUGGCUGAAAUAGUUAUAUUCGUCCAUGCUUGGUGUGUAGCGUCAAUUCUGGCACAUCACCAAUCAGCAAGAAUGGCUUCAGAUUGCAAGCUUGUGCCUGUUUAGUAGUGGCGAAGCUAAGAAAUGUGCAUUUUAUAUAGUAUAAACCUUAAACUAGCUGUUAAACCAGGGAUGCAUUGUCUUGAGAAUUUUUUCUGUUAACAAGAUAAAAGUGGCAGCAAUUAUAACUUGGUAAAAAGAGUUGUAAUUUUAGUCACUGCCAGUCGGCCUUAUCUUAGUAAUGUUUUGUCUUUCUCCCUUCCAGGCAGAUUUGUUUUCUCCCUCCGGAGACUUUCUCCUAUGCAAUGCUUUUGACUAAGAUUUCUGGAGAUCUUUCUAUUCUCUAAUGUUCUUGAAGGAGGGCAAGUUCAAAAUGUACGGCAAUAGACAUGAGUUCAGCCAUAUGACAAUUCCAGUGAAUUAGAUGCCUCUAGC